UUUUUGUUCAAAUUUAUUAGAAAUACACCUAAAAUAGAGGACUAGGAAGCAGAUAUACAGCAAUCUGACAAUGGGAUACUAGGAAGUUGUUGAUAAGUUAUGAACUGAGCGCAAGUGGCGGGAUAUAAAGGAGCUCUACUACUACUGAAGGGAUCUGACAGGACAAAAAUUCACAAAGUAGUUUAGGAAGGAAUGUUAAAAUGAAUGUAGUAAUACGGAAUAAUGAUAUUAUGGAUCAUGUAAUUUGAUUACAAUGAUGGCAGACCCUCAGGGGUCGGAUAGUUUCUAUCCACGGGGUCAUAAAAUGAAUGGAGAUACAAAUGGAUAUGUACCUGGCUUCAACUAUACACCAGAUUUCUAUGGUGAUGAGAUGGCAGUUGAUGUAGAGGAGCAAAAAAAGCCAGUCCCCACUGAGGAGAUUUUUGUUAAAGUGAUGAAGAUGCAGGGACCUGAUAAACGGUUUGGAUUCUCAGUUAUAGGUGGCACUGAUGAGGGCUUUGAACCAAAGAUAGAAGAAAUAAUGAGUGGUAAGUCAAUGAUGUUUCUGGUUG